GACCGCCGCUAGCUUGACGCAGCAACAACAACUCUGUGAACGGCGUCAGUGACAGUUGGUCUUUUCGUUACUCAGCGCCGCUGGGAAAACCUCCAAGAAAAGCUGGGAGGAAAAAAAAAAAGUGGGAGCCCAGGCCCAGCUGCUCCAAGUCCUCUCCAGGACCGCUCAGCCCUCCUGUGACAUGGAGUAAUUUUUUUGGAAAGUUUCUUCCCUUCAUCGUCCCCCGACAGCCUUGGUGUUUUUAACGCGUUUUUAAAGGAGUUUUACGGCCUGCCACAGUCGGACAGUCAUGAUGUUGAUCGUGGAGGUCCAGAAGAAGGAGUUUAGCUCAUGACUGAAGACCAUGAAGCGUCCAGGGAAGUGACCUCGGUGGACACCGCAGCCUGAGGGUGCCUCUCAGCGGCACCAUGGCAUCCAAGGAGAGACUGUAUGAAGUGUGGAUGCUCUACUGCACCAAGAGGGAUCCAGACUACUUGAAGCUAUGGCUGGAGAUUUUCAUCAGCUCCUAUGAGCGAUGCCUCGAUGUGGACUUUGAAAAGCCACCUUCAAGGCCAGAGGAGGUUCCCCCGGUGUUAACGCUCCUCCCCGACAACAUCCUGCAGGUUUUGCGCCACCAGCUGCUGCAGUGCGUCCAGAAAGCCUCCGAUGGCCUGGAGCCUGAGCAGCAGAACCUGGCACUGCUGCUGCUGAAGUUCCUCAUCAUCAUCUGCAGGAACCUGUCCAACGUGGAGGAGAUUGGAACUUGCUCUUACAUCAAUCACAUCAUCACCAUGACAACACUCUACAUUCAGCAGCUGAAGAGCAAGACCAAAGAGAAGGAGAUGGCAGACCAGAGUCAGGCGGAGGAGUUUGUCCGUCACGCGCUGGCUUUCUGCGAGAGCCUCUACGACCCGUACCGCAACUGGAGGCAUCGAACGUGCGGGGAGCAGCUGGGUACCGUAGAGAGGAGCAGGCAGAAGUACAAGGCAGCUCCCCUCACCGUUGAGUUUGUCCCUUUCUUUUACCAGUGCUUCCAGGAGAGCGAGCACCUGAAGGAGAGUCUGAAAUGCUGCCUGCUGCACCUGUUUGGGGCCAUAGUAGCUGGGGAUCAGAGGAACGCUCUGCUUGCAAUCUCUCCGGCCACCAUGGAGGUGUUAAUGCGGGUGCUGGCUGACUGCUCCAUGGGUAGCUGCUCUUCAGAUGAGGGCGAAGACUGGGACAGCGAGGCCCCCGACCGCAAGGCGCUGCUGACUUUGGGCUGCUUGAGGGAGGUGGUGCAGCGCCUCCUGGCCUCCAGCUCUGACCAGCGCCAAGUGGAAAUCGCAUCCGUGCUGGAAAACUACUUCAAGCUGCUCAACUCGGACCCAGCGGCUGUCGUUGCUGCGCGACAGCAGCAGCAGCAGCAAGCCAAGGGCCGAGUGCCGACACUGGGCCGUCACUGGGAGAGUCGAUUUGUGGCGCUGCAAGUAAACAUGCUAGAUACUAUCAGGGACAUGUUCCUGUGUUCAGACAGGCCAGUACUACAAGCCAUCUUCCUCAACAGUAACUGUUUUGAGCAUCUGACACGACUGCUUCAGAACAGCAAGCUGGUUAAUGCUAGGUGCACGGCGGCAGACAAGGACCAGAAAGAUAUAACCAACAACAGGUUACUGACAGGAGAGAGGGACUCUCAGGUGUUUCAAGGGCGACUAGACUCCCUUGCUGUAGCAACCAUCAAAGCUCUGACAACAGUGAUGCACAAAUCGCCAGCUGCUAAGGAGGUUUUUAAGGAGAGAAUUGGCUACAAUCACCUGUAUGAAGUGCUUACGUCUCUGGGCCAGCCAUCCCGCCACCUCCUCAAAGAGCUGAUGAACAUGGCAGUGGAGGGGGAGCACACCUCAGUGGGCCUCCUGGGCAUCAGUAAUGUGGAGCCGUUGCUGCUGUUGGUCCAGUGGCUCCCAGAGCUGGACUCAUCAGAACUGCAGCUCUUCACCGCAGAUUGGCUCCGCCGCCUCAGCUGCCUCAACCGCCAGACCCGUGCCACUUGCGUCAACGCCGCCAUGGUCAUGCGAGCUCUAGCUGCUCUGGAGCGCCACGAACGGCUACACCGAGCUUGCGCUGAAAGCCUUUUGGGAUUAGUGGGUUCACUCGGCUCCCAGUCUUUGAGUGCCAGGGAACUGCUGGGACUCCUGCGCCUCCUCAGGCCUCCAGAGUCCAACCAAGCACAUCCCUACGUAGGCCCUGCACUGAGAGCCCUGUUGGCUAUGGUGCGCAAGCAGGGCCUGGAAAGUGCCAUGCAGUACUUUGACCUGUCGCCGAGCAUGGCGGGGAUUGUAGUUCCAACAGUGCAGCGCUGGCCGGGGUCUGCCUUCAGCUUCCUCGCCUGGUUGUCACUGGACCAGGAUCAGCUGGGCCCACCCAGCAAAGACAAGAGGAAACAGCUUUACAGCUUUUUUACCCCAGGAGGAACGGGGUUUGAGGCCUUUAUUAGCUCAGCGGGUGUGCUGGUGGUGGCUGUAUGCACAAAGAAGGAGUAUGUCACUGUCAUGCUGCCUGACUACUGCUUCUGUGACUCCCUCUGGCACAGCAUCGGUGUGGUGCAUGUACCAGGAAAGAGGCCAUUUGGACAGAGUCUUGUCUACAUUUAUGUGGAUGGACAGCAGAAACUAUCUGCCCCCCUCAAGUACCCCACAAUGACAGAGCCCUUCACCUCCUGUUGCAUCGGCUCAGCAGGCCACCGCACCACCACUCCGCCACCCUCGCAGAUCCCAGACCCUCCGUUCUCCUCCGCCACCACACCCACCACUCGCUCCUCACUGGGCGGCAUCCUGUCGUCGCAGACCUGGGGAGGGCUGCUGGGAGGAAAGCCAGAAUCUGUGACUAAGCUCAUCUCAGCAGGCACCCAGGACAGUGAGUGGGGAAGCCCCACGUCCCUGCAGGGCCAGCUGGGAAGCGUCAUGGUGUUUCAUGAACCCCUGCAGCAGAACCACAUUAAAGCCAUCUGUAGUGCUGGUCCAAACUGCAUCUCUCCUUUUAAAGCCCAAGAAUCAGAACUCGGCGAUCUUUCCACCAAAUUGCUGCUGCACUACUCGCCCAAGGCAUGUAGAAACCCCAUCUGUCUGGACCUGUCUCCAAACACGCUGCAUGGACGUCUGACAGGGAACAAAGUGGUCAACUGGGAUAUCAAGGAUAUGAUCAACUGUGUCGGCGGCCUGCCAGUCCUCAUCCCUGUACUGGAGCAGUUGGCCCUGGUGACCCCUGAUCAACAGAACAGCGAUCCUGCAGCUGCAUCAGAUUUCAUCACUCCUGAUGUGACCACACCAGCGGAUGGAGAUUGGGUCAUUCUCCCAUCUAACAGGGCCUCAGAGGCACGCCUGGAGAAGAAUCUGGUGGCCACGUUCCUGUUAGUGCUGAAGCAUUUCCUACAGAGACACCUGAUAAACCAGGAGAACCUGCUGCACUCGCAUGGUGUCGGAACACUGGGAGCUCUGCUGCAGAAGCUGCCGGCGGGUCACGUGGACGUCAGCGUGCUGGUUGCGAUGCAGCUGCUGAUAGAGCAGGUGACAUACGAGAAGAACCAGGCUCUGCUGCAGCAGCUCCACACACAUCUACUGUUCAACUUCAACAUCUGGAACAAAGGAGACUUCCCUCUACGCAUAGGUCACAUCCAGUACAUGUCCACUGUCAUCAAAGACAACAGGAAGCAGUUCAGGAAAAAAUACGGAGUUCAGUUUCUGUUGGACACAAUACGCCUCUAUUAUGGGAGGAACAGUAAUAAAGAGAGUGACCUGAGCGAGGAUGACAUUCGGACCAUCCGGGCGUCUCUGUGCGGCCUCAUCAAGUACUACAUCAGCAAGGGCAUGUCACAGGAGGAGAUGCACAGCAUUCUGGGAUAUAUCGCUGCAAUCGGAGACGAAGACCAGCUGUGCGGUCUCCUGGAGUUGUUGCUCAGCCUUCUUCAGAGCAGUCCAGCCAGGGACCAGCUCUUCCUGCUCCUCUUUGAGCCCGGGGCAGCCGACUGCUGCUACGCUCUCCUUCUCAACAACAAACACUCAGAUCGCCUCAGAGAGCUCGUCUUUAAGCUGUUUGAGCGCAUGCUGCGCUGCGAUCGUGUCUAUGAGAAGAACAAGCAGCGUGUGCGGCUGAGGGAGGCAGGCUACGCCGGUCUGUCGCUGCUCUUCUCUGAACUUCACAUCACUCCCACCCUGAUCCGCUGUCUGCUCAACCAAGUCCUCCACACAGAUCAAGUGGUGAACUACAAGGACCUGAUGGCUCUGGUCCAGCUUAUUCACCGGGCCGGACCCAGCGUACGGCUCAUCAUCUGCAAGCGGGUGUACCAGCUGCUCCAGUCCCAACAGGAUGCCGCCGUCCAGAUCUCAAGGCAGCAGUGUUGGCAGGACACCCUCAUGCGGCUGUACCUUCGUGGCGACGGCUCUUUGCCGCUGCGUAGCUCUGACACCAUCAGCACGUGUAGCCUGGACCUGAGUCGGACCAGUGGCGGCACCAACCGCCUGGAGCUGCCGCUGGAGAGGAGGACGCGAGCGGGCAGCGCGAGCCGCCUGGACCGGCUGGAGGAUGACCGGAUCAGCAUCGGGGACACUCGCUCUGUGGACAGCCUGGAGAACGGCGACGUCAUCUCGCUUCUUGACACGCCAUCGUCCUCUGCCUCGACCGAGCCGCAACUCCACGUCAAGCCCUGGGUGGUGGGAAAGUCAGGGGGCUUGACGCUGGAUCUGUCCCAUCUGCAGGCCUACGAGGGCGGGGAAAGUGGCAGCCAGACCCCGGGGAGCAUGCCCAGUACUCCGUCACCGCUAGAGACCUCCAAGCCUUUCCCAGGGGUCUCCGGGGAUCGAGAUGCAACUUCGUCUCUGACUGAAGACAGCUUCCUCUUCAGUGACAACAUCUCACUGGGGGAGUCCUUCAACAAUGCUGAGCGGGCAGAGGAGGAGCUGUGCAGCAUGCUGCUGGAGAUCGUCCUGUGUGUGAUGUGGCGAGGCGUAGAGGGUUCUGAUGAUUCGGCGUGGCUGGAGCGAGGCCAGGUCUUCUCAGCUCUCACCAAACUGGGAACUGCUAAUGAGCUGCUGCUUCCUGUCGACCAAAUCAAGCUCAGUCUAAUGGAGCGCAUGCUGGAGUGGGCAGUGAGUGAUAACCGCGAGGCGUCAGCUGCUACGUUACCACAACAUACAGAGAACGCAGUGCGGUUGCUUCACAUGGUACAAGACUUCCUGCAGGCAGAGGGCCUGAUCAAUCCAGCGCUGUGGACAGAGAAGGUGCUGGAAGAAACUGUGACACUGAUGGACAGCCUCAUGGUGUGGUACUCUUCUGGCACUCAGUGGUUCCAGCUCUCACAAGUUGGACUGAGACUGCUGCUGGGCUUCAUGGCUCAGGAAGACCCUGAGGUGUGUGCCAUGGCCACUGCCAAGCUCAACGGCAUCCUGCAGACCAAGGAGGUGUCCAGCCAGGACGAGGCCUGCUACCUGUUGGGGAAGGUGGAGGGAAUCCUGCGGCGCUCCAUCCAGGAGCAGACUGAGGAGACGUACUCCUUCCUGGUUCCACUGCUGCGAACGCUGCUCUCCAAAGUCCACCGGCUCCUCUACAUGGAGCUGCACCUGCCUCAGCUCCCCGACACCAACGGAAGCCCGUCCUUCUUUGAGGACUUCCAGCUGUACUGCAACUCUCCUGAGUGGCGCGUCUACCUCGACAAAUAUAUUAUCCCGUACAUGAAGCAGUAUGAAAUCGAGAUGUUCAGCCAGGGUCAUGAGACAAUGGCUCUGUACUGGAAAGAGUGCUACGAGGCCUUCAUGGUCAGCCUGCAUAAGAGAGAGAGGGAGAGGGGCGAGAGCAAGAUCCGCUUCCAGGAACAAUUUGUGGAGCCUUUCUCACGCCGUGGCCGCCAGGAGAACCUGCGCUACAACUGCAUGUUGAAGCAGCAGCACAGCCAGAACAGCGCCACUCUCAGGCAGUGGAAGGCAGCACGGCGAGGUCUGGUGUGUGAGAGAGGGCCCUGGGCUGACAGGCAACAGGAUGAGAUGCACUGGAGGGUGUCCAGUGCUGAGAACUUCUCCCGCAUGAGGCUGAAGCUGGUCCGUAAUUACAACUUUGAUCCUCACCGAGAGGCCAGCGCUCUCAGAGACAACCUGGGUGUCCAUCAGCAGCGCGUAAACCCAGAGCCUCUGCUCCUGGAAGCUGUGAAGCAAGUCAAAGUCAGCGACCUGGAAGACGACAUCCUGGAGCUGCCGGAGGACGACCCUGCUGCUGCCAACAACCAGGUCGAAGCAGAGGAGGCAGGCCAGAAGGAGAAGCUGGUGUUGUGGGAGGACUGUGAGCUGGUGACAGUGGUGGACGUGGUGCCUGGUCGCCUGGAACUCACCACACAGCACAUCUACUUCUACGACAGCAGCCAGGAGAAGGAGGAGGGAGUGGGCCACGACUUCAAAUGGCCCCUGUCUCAGAUCCGAGAGGUCCACCUCAGACGAUACAACCUGCGCCGCUCCGCUUUGGAGAUCUUCCUCAUUGACCAGACCAAUUACUUCCUCAACUUCAAAAAAGAGGUGAGGAACAAGGUCUACAGCCGCAUGUUGCUGCUGCGAUCCCUCAGCCUUUAUGGAACCCGCUCACCUCAGGAGCUCCUCAAGGCCUCUGGACUCACACAGAAAUGGGUGAACCGGGAGAUUUCCAACUUUGACUACCUGAUGCAGCUCAACACGAUUGCAGGCAGAACGUACAACAACCUGGCUCAGUACCCAGUGUUUCCCUGGAUUCUAGCUGACUACACCUCGGAGGAGCUGGACCUUUCUGAUCCUCGGGUGUUCAGGGAUCUGUCGAAGCCAGUGGCGGUGCUCAACGAACGCAACGCCAAGGCUGUCAGAGAGAAAUAUGAGAGUUUCGAGGACCCAACAGGCACCAUUGACAGGUUCCACUACGGCACUCACUACUCAAACGCUGCUGGGGUGAUGCACUACCUGAUCAGAGUGGAGCCCUUCACCUCGCUGCACAUCCAGCUGCAGAGUGGACGGUUCGACUGCGCCGACCGCCAGUUCCACUCCAUCCCGGCGACGUGGCAGACCCUCAUGGACAACCCCAACGACGUCAAGGAGCUCAUCCCGGAGUUCUUCUACUUCCCAGAAUUCCUGGAGAACCAAAAUGGCUUUGAUCUGGGUCGCCUGCAGAUUUCCAAGGAAAGAGUCAAUGACGUUAUUCUGCCCAAGUGGGCCAAGUCCCCCGAGGACUUCAUCUACAAACACCGUAAAGCUCUGGAGUCAGAGUACGUAUCCGCCCACCUUCAUGAGUGGAUCGAUCUGAUUUUUGGUUACAAACAGAGAGGCCCUGCAGCGGUGGAGGCCCUCAACGUCUUCUACUACUGCACCUAUGAGGGAGCCGUGGACUUGGAUGCCAUCACUGAUGAAAAGGAGCGGAAGGCUCUGGAAGGCAUGAUCAGCAACUUUGGUCAGACGCCCUGCCAGUUACUCAAGGAGCCCCACCCAGUGCGCCUGUCUCAGGAGGAAGUGGAGAGGAGGAAGGCUCAGCUGGACUCGUGUCCUCUCAACAUGUUCGAACACCUCAGCGAUCUCAAGUCCUUCUUUGUUGAGGGCAUCAGUGACAACGUGCCGCUGGUUAAAGCUGUGGUGCCAAAGAAUCAGUCCCAUUCCUUCAUCACUCAGGGGAGCCCUGACACCAUGGUAACAGUGAGUCAGAACUGUCUGGUCGGGACUCAUGGGUGGCUGCCUUACAACAAGAACAUCUCCAACUACUUCACCUUCAUCAAGGACCCAACAGUGUCCAACACCAAAACCCAGCGUUUCCUGUCAGGACCCUUCGCCCCCGGUGUGGAGGUCACAGCAGGACUGUUUGUGGUCUCCCAUGACGGGAAGCUGCUCUUCAGCGGCGGCCACUGGGACAACAGCCUCCGGGUCACCUCGCUGGUCAAGGGCAAAACUGUGGGACAGCACAUCCGACACAUGGACAUUGUGACCUGCUUGUCAACAGACCACUGUGGCAUCCACCUGAUCUCUGGCUCCAGAGAUACAACCUGCAUGGUGUGGCAGGUUCUGCAGCAGGGCGGAGCUCCUGUUGGUCUCUAUCCCAAACCAAUCCAGGUGUUGUACGGACACACGGACGAGGUGGUCAGCGUCAGUAUCAGCACCGAGCUGGACAUGGCUGUUUCCGGAUCGCGGGACGGGACGGUGAUCAUCCACACGGUGCGUCGGGGUCAGUACAUGCGCUGUUUGCGACCGCCGUGCGACAGCUCCCUGCCGCUGUCCAUCCUCCACCUGGCCGUGUCCUGGGAGGGCCACCUGCUGGUUCACACCUGCCUGGAGGGCAAAGCAACACUCAAGGAUAAAAAUGCCCUGCACUUAUACUCUGUCAAUGGGAAGCACCUGUGCAGUGAGCCUCUGAAGGAGCAGGUGACAGAUAUGUGUGUUUCAGGGGAGUACGUCGUCAUCGGCAGCGAGCAGGGAUACCUGUCCAUCCGUGACCUUUACAGCCUGUCUCUGUGUGCCGAGCCUAUGGCCAUGCGGGUGCCGGUUCGCUGCGUCUCGGUCACCAAGGACCAGAGCCACGUGCUGGUGGGCCUGCAGGACGGCAAGCUGAUCAUCGUGGGCGUGGGCAAGCCGGCGGAGAUGCGUUCGGGCCAGAUCACACGGAAGCUGUGGGGCUCCAGCAAGAGACUGACUCAGAUCUCCUCGGGGGAGACAGUGUACAACACCCAGCACGACCACCACUGACCCAUCCCUAAACCGUCCCCUCCGAGCUCAUCCCACAUUCCCAGUUCACCUCCAUGUCUGUCCGCCACCAAACAGGUUGCCUCAUUUUUUAUCUGGUCAUCCUGAGGAACUCCGUUCAGUUCCUCCUUCAUCUUUCCACGGUUUAGCAGGUGGUGGGUCGUGGGUUUGAGGUGCAAAAGCAUCACCAAGUCUGCACGUGUGUGUUUUCCGGGUGCGUAUUCCUGCUUUGAACCGACUGUACGGCGCUGGCGCUCUGGUUCCAAAGCAGGAGUAGCAUCGGCCCGAGCAAAACCACACCAUCACCCACCGCCCCUAAACACGGCUUCCCUCCUCAUCCCUCGGCCAGUCCUCGUUUUUACAUCACACCACGCCCGAUUUGAUGGGAUCGGUCAAAUAACUGCUCUCCUGUGUGUGUGUGAGCGCAUGUGCAGCGUAUUGCCAUGCGCGAUCUGAAAAUAUCGUUUAAAGUGGCCUUUUUGUCCCCCUUAGUUUGCCUUCGGUGCAGACAGGCGGGCCUGUGCUCUGUAGGCCGAGACUUGUCAUGGUUGCCUCAAAGCUGCCACCCAGCAGCCUUAUGCAGUAAGACGGCUCCACCACUCACAAGACCAAACUCUCUGCCUUUUCUAUGCGUUUUUAUAUGUGAGCGCGUGCGUGUUUGUUGUCAUGUUUUUUUUUUUUUUAAAUGUGUGUUUUCAGUUUUUGUGUUGUUUUUGUUUUUUUUGAGGAAUUAAUGCAUGUGCCCAGCAACCUGGAGUCUGUUCAUAUGCAUGGCAGUUUGGUUCGUUUUGAGAUUAGCUAGGAAACCGUGAGAAUGGCGGAGUUGUGUGAAUUUUUGUAUUUGGAUAUAGCCGACUUGUUUUGGUAGAGAAACGUCCGAAACACAAACGAAGAUAGCAUCUGUCUUUAAUGUUUUAAUGUUAGCACAUCGUUUAAGAUCUAGUUUUGUAAAAAAUAAAACAAUAAAUCACUACACUACAUGUAAAACACUACAUUCUCAAACCCGACAAGCUUCCAUGUGAAGAUUUAUCACAGAAAAAACGCAACUUUAAAGUCUCUCCAUGCUUCAUUGAAUGUGUUUAAGUUACUUGAAUCCGUGUUUAUUUAUGAGGAAAGGUAGCAGUUUUUUAAUCACACAUUGUCUCUUGAAUACGGACGCCAGUGUGGCACGUUUGAAACUCUUUUGACUGUUCAGGCACCUGUAAAAGAAGGAGAAAGAAGAAAUCCUCAAGGGCUUUAUGAGAUGUCAGUGUUAACAGCAAUACAGCUCCUUCAUCGUGCGCCUGUCGGUGCUUUCUUCCUGUCCCGCGUAGACCGCUCAGCCAGCCCUCUUAUCUCCAGUCUUCCUAUAGCUUAACUGGGACAGUAAAUGUACCCUGACUCCCUCGUUCUGCCCCCGAAGGCCUUUAGCUCCCAUCAUAGCUUCAAACCAUCCUCCUCUGUUGUGUUUUACAUCUCAUCCUCCUCCCUGCUCUUUGUGAAGUGACUGAUUUCAGAGGAGUUGUUCUUUUACGGGGCAUCGAGAGCGUUGCCUUGCUUCGGUUGGAGUUGUGUUGUUCCCGUGUGCGUGCGUGAAUGGGAUUUCUUUACUCUGUAAUACGAGAGUCACACCAACGCCACAGCAGGAAGAUGCUGUGGGUGAAACUGAGUGAUUCAUAUUUUUGCACCAUACCUGUGUGUGUGUGAGCGAGUGUGAGGACAUGCCAGUGACGCAUGGGGUUUUGUUUUGUAUUGCCAAAUAUUUGACUUCAUCAUCCACAUUGAUGUCUCCGAUUCUGUGAUUGUUUUAGUUCGACCGUGGGUUCGGCGUUGGACACAGGGUUGCUCUAACGGUUGUCUCUUUCUUUGUUUCUCCCUGAUUUUGUAUUUUUGAUUUAUUUAAAAGUCACAGCAAGUUGGCGCGCAAAGACCAAUCUGUGUCCUUCUCUAAGAGAUUUCUGUGAAAGGUGCAUACAGUGUUUUGUCAAUGCAGUUUUUUUUUUGUUCUUUUUCAUUCAUCCACAUUUGUCAUACAGACAAAAGACCACUGUUUGAGUUGUUCCACGACUGCAACAAACGGAGUGCCUUUAUCCCAGCGUGGUGUUAACGUAGAGCUAGAUUCCUCUCGGCUUACUGUCUCCCGACCUUAGCGUAAAUCAAACGAAAGCAGCAUUCCACCAGUUAAACCUCCACAGUUUUGACGGGAACCAAGAACGUAGGACUUCAAAGAAAAAAAAUCAAAAAGUACUAUUUUGUGUCUUAGCUACAUUCUCUGUGACUGUCACCAAAAUGGAUGUGUGUAUAUCUGUGAUUAUUUAUGAAUACGGUAUAUAAUGUACAGCAUGAUUUUUAUUUCAGCGUCUUUGAAAUGUACUUUUGCACUUUCCAGGUACUAAAUUGUAACAAAUUGUUUUAACUCGGCUCCCUAAUCUGUACAAACUGCUUUGUAUACACAAGUGGAAAAUGAUCAUUAAAGUCUUGUCUUUAAAUUUAA